UUACUUCCGGCCGACCCGACGGGCCACCGCGCAACACACACACGCACACACACACUCUCGCGCGCACACGCACACACACACACACACGCACGCACCUACGCAAGGCACACGGACGACAGUCACAGAAUCGCGCGAAGAAAUCGCGUACAUUACACUAGUGCCGGCAGUUCGCGAACUCAGUAGGUACCUAAAUGCAACCGCGGCAGAACACGCGUAAAAACAUCGAGAUUUCGACUGCUCUGUAAUAUCGUCCGCGGGAAUAAUAAUAAAAAUAAUAAAAUAUUUUCGUUUUUUUUUUUCGCGCUAUACUAUUCUUUUGAUACUUUUGAUUCUUUUGGUAUAUUCGCUCGAUCGCAAGACCACCCUUUCUCCGCCACCGAGUGUCGUCGGUUUUCUCUCUCGAAGUUUUAGUUUUUUUUUUUCCGUUUUAUUCGAUCUCUAGCUGUUUAUCGUAUUGUCAUUAAACAGAGUUCGCCGACGGUUGACUUUCGUCCAUUUGGCCGAAAACCGAUCACUGCCUCAGUGCACCAUCAAAGCGUCAUACACAUACGAAUAUCGGCGCACGAUGUCCGGUCGUUUGCCAGGAGUAGAGGUUUAGUAGCGGCGAUCAUCAAACGUCUGUACAGCUACUGAUACACAAAAUCGCGGCAGGACGUCUGCAGAGCUUUACAACACAUAUAUUAUCCCGUUGAAUAUAUAUAUAAAUAAAUAAAAAAAGUUCAAUCGAUUACUAUGAUGACCGACAACAACAACGAUCUCGGCUGUCAGGACUGGAACGCGCCGCCGGCUGACGGGACAGUGGUCGACUUUUACGACGGCGCGUCGGUGUUCGUCACCGGCGGCACGGGAUUCGUAGGCAAAGCUCUGAUUGAGAAGCUGCUCAGAUCGUGCCCCGGCCUGAAGAACAUUUAUCUGCUGAUCAGGCCUAAGCGGGGCAAAGACAUAGAGUGCCGUUUCCAGGAGCUGUUGGAAAAUCCGGUAUUCGAUCGCAUUCGGUCCACAGAUGACGCGGAAAAAGUAUUCGAGAAAGUAGUGUGCAUCAACGGUGACGUAUCCGACCCCGACCUGGGUCUGAGCGCCGAGGACAGGCAAAGGCUGUGUUCCGACGUGACAAUAGUCUUCCACUCAGCAGCCACAGUCAAGUUUAACGAAACCCUCCGCACCGCCGUCACACUCAACACGUUGGGCACGCAACGUGUCGUAGACCUUUGCCGGUCGAUGCCAAAAUUAAAGGCUAUGAUCCAUGUGUCGACAGCGUACUCGAAUGCGGACAAGGCAACGAUCCAAGAGUCAGUGUACAAGCCACCUGCAGAUCCCGGGUUCGUAAUCAACUGCUGCCAGAAGAUGUCCGAGGAUGACCUGCGAGAGAUGGGUCGGCGGAUGCAGGGUAACCACCCGAACACGUACACUAUGACCAAAGCUAUGGCCGAAUGGGUAGUCGCCGAACAAGCGGAUGACAUACCAGCGGCAAUCGUCAGGCCCAGUAUAGUGACUGCCGCUUGGAAAGAACCGUUCGAAGGAUGGGUAGACAACAUGAGUGGCAUCACGGGCAUCAUGAUGGAGAUAGGACGGGGCACGAUUAGAAGCAUCGUGUGCGACCAGAAGCUCCGAGUGGACAUCAUACCUGUCGAUAUUCUAGUAAAUACGCUAAUAACGUCUGCCUGGCACACAGCCACAUACAGGCAAAACGCCGUCCGGGUGUACAACUGCACAUCCGGAGCUUUGAACCCGCUCCGCUGGGAGGAACUGGGCAACCUGUGCCAGUACCACUCGCUGACCGCGCCGUCCAAGUACUUGCAGUGGUAUCCGGGCUUCUCGUUCCGCACCAACCGCAUGGUGCACAGGCUGUGCGAGAUCCUGUUUCACUUCGUGCCCGCGUUUGUGCUGGACAUCGUGCUCCGGCUCACCGGUUCCAAGCCCAUGAUGUUGAAAAUUUAUCGAAGAUUCAAAAUGGCAGCUCGAACCGGCGAAUUUUUUGCACUUCAUCAGUGGGAUUUUAUCAGCAAGAACAUCCAGGAGCUUAAUAAAGACAUUUCAUUUGUCGAUAGGCGGAUGUUUCCCGUAGACAUCACUCAAGUAGUGUGGGACACAUACGUCAAGGACUAUGUGUUUGGCAUACGGAACUACGUGCUCAAAGAUCCACCAUCGACCAUCCCACAAGCGCUAAGUAAACUACAAAGAUUUUAUUGGAUGCAUAGGAUGGCACAAUGCGCGUUUAUCGGGAUAGUAAUGCAUGUUCUCAAAUCAAAGUGAUCAGAAACAAGAUUUUAUUUUUUGUAUAAUAUUAACUACAAAUAUUAUAAUUAUAUAUUAUGUUAUGUUACAUUAAU